UGUGGCAAUGGAUGCUGAAAUAAAGGCAGAAAUGAACAGGUGCGAUACAGACGGCUCAGAAACCAUCAAAUCAACUUUUUCAAAGCCUUCCCUGCCUUAUUCCUCGCUCCCUUAUUUAUCGUACCUUCACCAUUAACAAACUUGAAUCUCCCCAUCCCCCCAUACCAUUUCACGCAACACACCCACAACAAAAAAACCCAGCAUUUCUUAGUAACCAAACCCAACUUCUGUACUCAUCCAGGAAGAAAAAAUGUCGUGGCAAACUUACGUAGAUGAGCACUUGAUGUGUGACAUCGAAGGCCAAGGCCAGCACCUUACUGCCGCUGCUAUCAUUGGCCAUGAUGGCAGUGUCUGGGCUCAGAGCUCUAACUUCCCCCAGUUCAAGGCUAAUGAGAUCAGUGACAUCAUGAAAGAUUUUGAUGAACCAGGCCACCUUGCCCCUACAGGCUUACACCUUGCUGGCACAAAGUACAUGGUCAUCCAGGGUGAGCCUGGUGCUGUCAUUCGUGGAAAAAAGGGAUCUGGAGGAAUCACUAUUAAGAAAACUGGACAAGCUCUUGUCUUUGGCAUCUAUGAAGAACCAGUGACUCCAGGACAAUGCAACAUGGUUGUUGAGAGGUUGGGUGAUUAUCUUGCUGAUCAGGGCCUGUAAACCAAGCUUCAAAAUCCAUGCCUUUUUUCUUUUUUCAAGUUUUUGGUUCCAACUUCCAAGUUUUGCAUCUUCUCCCAUUGAAAAAUAUGGUUGUUAAGAUGGUUUGAUUGGCAUUUGGUUGGUUGACUUGCAUCCUUCACCAUAUAUGCUUUUUUCUUUUUAAUUAUUCUGUGUAAUCCCCAUCAAUGGUUGCCGUAUCAAUCUUUUGUUGGGCACUGUUUGAUGCCAUUAUUUGUUUUUUCUUUUCCAUGUUUUGAAUUUUGCUCAUAAAGAACGUUUGAAUAUGCCCUUUGUCUUUGUGAAUGAGAGAAUCAGAUUUCAGAUUCCUUGAUUGCAACUU